AUGGCCAAUAAUAUGCAUAAUAUCAUCAGAACUCGACGCACAUCAACACCCCGACACUGGCAUGCAACAAUACCUACAUCGACACAGCACCUGGUAUCACCUUCAUCAACUAAAUCAGCCUUCCACCUCCCUCUGAGUCCGGAUAAAUAUCACUGUGAUCAAUCGUACAUCACCAAGCAUACUACGGAUGCACGUAUGCGUAGCGCUGUCGGUCUUUAUGAGGAUUCUGGCUGGCCCUCCUACGUUGAUAACAAUGGCGAUGGCUUCCUACUGGCAUGGAGAAUGGUCCAUGAUGCACCUCGAUCUCCAGCUACUGAAAAAGAUGGAAGUUACGUUGCUAACCAGGGUGAUCCGGCUGGAAGUUAUGGAGCCGGUAUUGAAUGGCACGGUAGAAGUUUGCUUGUGACAGACGUCGUGGGAUCACAUACCGUGACUGACGUCUUCAUUUACGCUAAUGUGUAUGUUAAUGUCCUGGAUAUGAGCUUUUCCACAAGACAAUUGAUAACUGACAGGUAUAUUUUGGCUUGACUGAAGAAGCAUUGGAUAUCCAAAGGCCAUCUACUGUAAAAAGGAAAAAUAGAUUAACA